CUAACUGAUGUCUUGGUGGUGUCAUUGUUCAUUUUGAUCGUCUCGAACGAGUAAAAGAUCAGCGUUCACAGGUACGGUUUUUCUCACAGUCCUAUACGUCCGACAUGUUUACUUUUUUCUUUAUGAAAAUAGUAAUAACGUCUCAACGGUGGUACGGCAUGAGGAAACGCAGGUAACAUGUUAAACGUUCGGCGUGUUUUUUUCUUUCUUAAUAGGCCAUCUGAGGACCAGAGGACGUGAGUCGGUGCAGCCAUUGUGGCACGAUAAUUUCGGCGAUUACCGUUCGGGAACGUUUCAAAGUUUCACACUAUUUGCGACGUAUUUGCGGUCGAGCGGUUGGCUGUCGGCGAGUGAAGCGGAAGGUGAAGGCCUAGCCCAAGAUUAUUUCCAAGCAGUCAGCGGUCAGCACGAUAAUGCAGGAUAAUCAGGUGUGACGCGUUUAAUAUCACGGUAACACGCGAUAUCAUUGAUAAUUGUUAUCAGUGAUACGCGGCUUUUAUUAUUAUUAUUAUUCGAGUGUACAUUCAUAUCAUUAUUUAUAAUUAUUAUUUGUCUAGGACGGUGUGACCUUAUAAGUUAUUAGUUAUUUAUAAGUAAUAUAAUAAUUCAUAAAUUAGUAUUAAUACGGUGUUAGAUAGGCGCCUUUGGUGGUUUUUUUUUUAAUGAUAAUAUUUGUAUACUAUUAGUUGUGUAGUUUUCUUUUGAACAUUAUACAGUUAAUUUGUACUUUAUUUUUAUGGUUUUGGUAUUAUCUUAGUACCUACUGGGUUCUUGUUAUAGUGUACUUAAGUGUAGUUGCUACACAAUUAACAAUAGGUUAUUGUGAUUAUUUAAAUUUUCAUUAUUUGCAAUUAUAUUGUAUGAUUGUAUAUUUGUACUUUUAGUAUUGUCCUUUAAACAUUACAUUAUUUAUUAAAAAUGAAUGUAUUAAUUUUUAGAGAAAUAAUGAACUUUUGAAUAAAUUAAUAAAUUAAAUAAUAAUUCAAAAAGUCUGAUAAGCUAACCAAACUUAAAAAUUGACGUCCACGAUUCUUGUUAAAGGGUCAUAAAACCAUAAAUAUCUAAUAAAAAAGAAGUCACUAAUACCAAUUUUUGUUACUUAUGAUCCAACUGUUCACAAUAAUAAACAUUUUUGGUGCUUGCAAAAACCACUUAAAUAUCAAUUAAGUAAAUUCUGUUUGUGAUAUUAAUACCAGAGUCCAAUCUAUCUAAGUCACAUUAAAUACCAAGUUACAGGAUACAAAUUAUUAACAGUAUCUUUAUCAAUGAAAUUGAAUUCAUAGUAAAGUAAUUUUAAUAAAUGUAUUAUAAUUUUAACCAAUAAUCAUAUUAAACAUUACUUACUGUAUUCAAAUUUAAAAUAUCUUAUAGUGAAUAAUUGUUAUCUUAAUAAAUUAUGCUUUUCACUUAUUAAUAUGUGAAAUUAAAUUAUUCAACACAUUAAAUUAUGUGUUAUGUAAUUAAAUAUUAGGACUAUACAUAACAUAUAAUUAUUGAUACAAACUAAUAUAAUUAUUGUUGAAGAACUCACUUAUGUAAUUGAUUAUUUUCUAAUUUGUUUACCAAUAACUUUCCAAGUCACCUGUGAUCUUAAACUGCUUGUGUAUUCAACAAAUCAAAACUAAAGCUUUCAGCUACUAUUAACUUAUGUGCUAUGCCUGCAUUGUGUUAAAAAUUUAAGAACUUUUAGAAAUCAUAAAGUAGCUCUAAAAAUCAAACUGCUGCCCCGCUGAACCAGAAAUGCAAUAUGAGUAUUUCACUUGCCAAGUGCCAAUCCUAUUUCCAACUAUUUUAACUUAUUGUUAACAGAACAAUCCUGACAAAGUUCAUUUUAUAUUAAAUAAUACAUUUUUUUUUGUUAACUAUAAUUUACAAAAAUUGGAUAUUUUAAUUUUCACUAUCUUUGAUCAAUAUUUUUAAAUACAAAUGUUGAUAUAUAAGACUAAAUAUUGUUUUAUAUUAGUUUGCUAUCAGACAUCAAUUAUAAUGCGCACAAUUGAGUCUUGUUAAAGUAAUAGGAACCAAAUAUUUUCUGGAUUGUAUCAUGCUUAACUUUUAAAAUAGUUUUAUAUCUAAUUCCAAUAUGUAGGGCUUGAUUUCUCAAACAUUUAUUUAUUUUAGAACUAAUAAAAAUUAAAAUAAUUAAAAAUUUAAUCAAUGUAAAAAUUAAAUUUAAAAAUUGGUAAUCAAUGUAGAUACUAUUUGAUAAAUAUUUUAAAUAACCUACAAAUAUUGUCUAUAAAUAAUUAUAUAAGUCAUUAGUUAUCUCUAAGUAGAUACAAUGAGAAUUUAUGAGAUCAUAAAAAUUUAACUCGAUAAUUUAUUUAAAUUUAAUAAUACUUGAGACAAUGCAAAUGCAAAAUGCAUGUAUAAUGAUUCAUAUAUUUCAUAGUCUACCACUCUAAGAGAUCAAUUGUUCUAUAUGUACUAUUACAAAACAUUUACUUGAUGAAAAAUCAUUUAAGCUUGAAAAAGUUUUGGCCAAGUUUCGUUGAUACUUUAUCAGUAGCAAAUCAAAUUCUUGAAUUAAUAAAUCAAUUUAAAUUUCAAGGCAAACACACGUUUUAAAUUUGUUGAUAAAAUUAAUUUGACUGGUGAAUACAAAUACUGAAUCACUUUAAAUAUGUAUUAUGUGCGAUUUUGUAUUUUCGGUAACUGAAGUGUCCACAAAAUCGAUAAGUAAUACUCGACAUCCUUUUUGUAUAUUCGAACUUAAAACGAUUUUCCCAGCGAUGUACCCUUACGGAUAUCCUGACAUGUUCCUCAUUUAAAAAAAAAAAUGUUCUGUAACUUGAAUAGGAAAUUCACAUAACACCGAGAAAAUAUUAUUCAUAAAUGAAUAUACGCAGAUUAAAGAAUCUGGACCUAUCGAAAUAUAUCUCGAUGAAGAUACAAUUCGAAUCACUACAUUAUAAUUAUCUUAGUUCAUCUAAUCAUGGUUUUUACUACAAACUAAUAUAAAAAACUAUUAUCGUAGUUUAUGGUUUACAUCACAAAAAAAUUUAUAAUGUUAUGUUUACUAUACAAAAGAAAAAAAUACUUUAGAUAAUAGUGCGUUAGAAGUCAGUCUUACUAUGAUUUCAUUGUAGAUGAAAAUUAAUGUUCUAAGAGAAUAUUAGAGUAAUUUAUUAUAUACUAGCAAUGUCAUGUAAAACCGCAGGGAAUUGAAUGAACGAUAAAAUGCUAAAUGGACCUUUGGUCCAUGUAAAAUGAACAAUGUCAAUGAACACCAACGUGUUGGGCUUGAUUUGUCAAACAUUUAUUUAUUUCAGAAUUAAUAAAAAUAAAAAUAAUUAUAUUUUUUUAUUUUCAGGCCGAAAAUCGGGUGGUACAAAAAUUUCCAGAAAGAAUUGUCUAUUUAAAUGAAUUGCUAAAAAAGCCAGAGUUCUGUCUCUCUGAAAUAAAUUUAAAAUGCAACUUAGAACUCCCUACAGAGUUCCAAUUGGGAAUUAAUGUGAAAAAGUGAGUUGGUUUAAGUUUAGAUACCAUUUAAAAAAAUGGUUUCAUUAAAAAAAAAGAUACAGUGAAGUUUAUCCUUAACGUCCAUAAUAAAUUAAUUGGCUUUUUUUAUUUACCUACACUAAAAUAUUUACUCUUGAUUAAUUAUUAUAUUUCAUAAUACAUUUUGAAAACAAAAAAUGUAAUAUGUAUAAACAAAAUUAUUACAGAACAAUAAAACUAUUAUCAAUUAAAACAGUGGGUUACUGAAAUUAAUGCAGAUCGAUUAUUGUAAUAUUGGUCCAGAACAUUACUAAAUUUUUUUUGUAGUGUGAAUUGAGUUGAAGUAAUAAAUAAAUUCAAACAUUUGAUUUAUUACAGUUGUGAUGAAAAAAAUCCUCGUAAAAGUUUAGAUUCAAAACAACCAUUCAUACCAUCUAAUAAGAAUGUUACUGAAGCUUUUAAAAUUAUUAAACCCAACAUCCAACAGUUAAUUGAAGACACUAAUGCUGUAAGUGAAAUACAUUUAUAUUAUACAGGGUGGGCCCAAGAAAUGGAAAAAUUUGAAAUAAAUCAAAAACGUUUAAAACUGUUUUUCAAUAUUUAUUGUUAAAAACAUAGAGUACAUAAUAUACCAUUUUGGGUUUAGAACAUUAAAAUAUUCUGUUCGGAAAAAUAUAUCUGGAAGAUGGUGUCCAUUUUUCUGUAUGCAUUCCCGGAAUCAUGUGUAGAGGUUUUGCAUUACUCUUUGCUACUGUAUAGCAUUCGCCCAACAACACUUCUCCAGUUAAAGACACGAAUCCAAGAAGAAAUUGAUUUAAUUCUCAUAAGAUGUUAAAGAGAAUUAUGCAAAUCCUCCACACACAUACCAGGAAUGUAUACAGAGAAAUUGACACUAUUUUUACGGAUAUUUUUUUCCAAACUUGAUAUUUAGUGUUUUGAAACUUAACAUUUAACAGUUUUAACAAUAAAUAUUGAAAAAAAAUGUUUACACUUGUGAGUUAUUUUAAAUUUGUCCAUUUCUCGGACCCACACUGUACAAUCCGAUUUGUUAUUUAUAAUAAAUAUUUUAUUUAGCUUAAAAUGUGGGUGUCCUUAUUAAUUCCAAAAAUCGAAGAUGGCAACAAUUUCGGGGUAUUUAUUCAAGAAGGUACUCUUGUUCAAAUACUACAGGUCGAAAAUGAAGCUACCAGUUAUCUUAAACACGCGACUCAAUAUUAUGCAGCUCGUGGAAAACUAAUCACUAAGGUUUGUAUUUAUCUAGAUAUUUCAGUAGCAGUAAUACAAGUUUAAUAAAUAAUAAUUAUUAAUACCACGUGUGUGUCAUACAAAAAUGACUGGUUCUCUAGCUAUACAAAUAAUCAUUUCAUAUAUUUAAUAAUAAUUUUACCAACAAAUUUAUUCAGAGUGGAGUUUUUUAUACAUGUUUUGACAGGCGUAAUAUUGUUAAGGUUUUGUUAAAAAUUAAAUCUUAAAACAAUUAUAAAAAUAAUCACCAGUAUGUUUUGAAAAUUUGUCCAUGAUCAGAAAAGGCUAAUACAAAGUGAUAUUUUUUAUCAUGAACUAGAAAUUUUCUUACAGUUGUCAAUUUAUCAUUUAAAAAUAGAUAUGCAUUUUUAUUGCCCUUCUCUACUUCUCUAGUCUAAACAUUAAACAGUUAUGAUUCAUAAACUGCAAACCUAAUAUUAGUUUUAUGAAUAUCAAAAUUUCUAUUAAAAUAUUAUCUAUUCGCAUCUAUGUUCAAAAAGGGAUUAUUUUAAACUGAUUUAAGAUAUAUGGAGUAGGUGUAAAAAAUUAAAACUAAUUUUAAAAUGAAGUUUGAACAAUUCCAUAAUGAUAAAUUAAAUUCAUUUAAAAUCCACUAAGAAAAUGUUUGGUUCAUGAUAAAAAGAAAAUCAUUAUGUAUUGUACAUAAGUAAUUCUGUAUAAAAGUAUUCUGUGUACAUUUUAGCUCUCAACAAUAAUUUUCAACCUAUUCACAACAUAAUACUCAUAUUGAAAAUAACAAAACCAUUAAUGCCUUAAACUUUCUAUUUUACUUGUUUUCUUUUUGGUUUUUCCAAGAUAAGGGGUUGAAAAAUAAAUAAUAUUUCUUUCUUACUCACUAACUAGGUUCAAAAUUCAAAAAUAAAAAUAAAAGUUCUCUUGUAGUUUCAAGUGAAGCAAGUUUUUUGAUAGAAAAUAUUUAAAAUAUUGAACCAUCACAGUGUUGAAAAAAUUAUUAUUAAUUAAUGAUAUUUUCAAAUAUUAUUAAAUUUUGGAUUUUAAUUAUUGAAAAAUGAAUUAAUACAUGUUUCAAAAAUUUUACAUGUACCUACUUGGUAUUUUUUUUAACUUUGAAUGUAAGAUUUAUAUAAUAUAUAUUGUACAUAUAAUAUAACAAUUAUAAUAGAUUUGUAAUUAAAUAUAAUCUAUAUAUUUUUUAAAAUAUAAAAUACUUCUAUUCUGAACUAAUGCAAUAAAAUAAACCUAAAUAUGAUAUUUAAAAUGUUUAUAAAAUUGAUUGAAUUUUUUUAACUGGAUAAUAUGUUUGUAUAAGUACUUUAUUUGUUAAUUGUCUAAAUAGCUUAUAAUAACAUAAUGUUAAACUUUGAGUGUAGUAUCAUAGUUUUAUUAUAAUAUGUGUGUAUAAAUAUUGAGAUUAAUUAUUGUGUAUGUUUUAUUGUCUAAAUUGAAUUAAUUUAAUUCUUCUAAUGAAUGGGGAGCUAAGUGUUUCACCCCACCUGAAAAAUUUAAAAACUCUAAUUGUUUAAUACCAUUUGAUAUUGUUAGUAAUUUUUGUAAUAAGGAUGUCUAGCUAUUUAACUUUAGUUCUAUUAUAGAUUAGCCAAAAAUUGUAUUUUAAAAAAAAAUUGUUAUAAUUUUUAAACUGUUGUUCAUGUUUUAGGUGGUGAAAUAUCCUUAUGUAGAAGAUUAUAAACUAGCAAUAGAUGAAUUGGACAAAAAAACGUAUGUAUCCAUUGCCAUUGUUAUGCAUGAUAUACGCAAUCAUUAUACUACAUUGUACGACAUUGUGAUCAAGAACAUUGACAAAAUAAAAAAACCUCGGUCCUCAAACACUACUAGCUUUUAUUAAGAAGAAUAAAUGAUCUGUACUCGUUUAUUUAGAUUUUCUCACCUUUAUCAUUCAAACAUAUGCAAUGAAAUCCUAUAAUAUUUGAACAUA